AUGACAAUGACUACAAUCCCAGAAAGUCUUAAUAGCCCUGCCUCAGGAAAAACCGUUUUCAUGGAGUUUGGACCCCCGAGUCAGCAAAUGUCGCCUUCCUCCAUGACUCACGGACACUAUCCCAUGCACUGUUUACAUUCUGCAGGUCAUACCCAGCACGAGAGCUACAGCCCAGCCUCGUCCUUCCCCAGAUCUUUGGCUUAUCCAUACGUCAACUCGGUCGGCAGCCAUUCCACCAGUCCAUAUCUGAGCACAGUACAGAGCUACCAAAACAGCUCGGCGCUCUCACAGACGCGGUUAGACGACGCGGCGCCAGAAACAGAGAAAAACACAGUGGUGGAGGGUGGAGAGGUUCGGUUCAACGGGAAAGGGAAAAAGAUUAGGAAACCAAGGACUAUCUAUUCCAGUUUACAGCUACAAGCUCUGAACAGGAGAUUUCAACAGACGCAAUAUUUGGCGCUACCAGAGAGAGCCGAGCUGGCAGCAUCGCUGGGUCUCACUCAGACACAGGUGAAGAUCUGGUUCCAGAAUAAACGCUCUAAAUUUAAGAAGCUAAUGAAGCAAGGCGGUGGCACAAUUGACACAAACGCUUUGGCCACCGGCCGCGGACUGUCGAGCGGCUCUCCCUCGGUGGCACCUGUCUGGAGCUCACCGACCACCGUGAAGACUUCAGUGGGAUCAACCGGAUCUUACAUUCCCAGCUACACCUCGUGGUACCCCACCACACACCAAGAGUCUAUGCAACAGUCACAGCUCAUGUGAACACACACCUCAAAGCCCUCCUCUCCGCCCCGCAUGGCUCCUGGAUCCGGAUGUUGAAAAGGGGGGGCCUGCAGCCGUAAACGCGCGGCUCGGCUUUGAUACUACACAAGAACAACAACAAGAAUCCCGGAGUCUGCUGCCGCGUGCAGCCAGCUGACACAGUGGUCUCCUCACGCCCGGAAAGAGCGAAGAAAGGAUCGAAAGACUGAAAAGGCGCGCAAUGAGCCCAAGGGCGACAAUUCCCUGACAGCGAGCGGAAACUUCAACGGAUGGAUCCCUUUUGGCUGCUGUUUACCACUGUUGUGUCCACUUCUUUUUUAAAAAAACAUAUUUGUGUGAUUCGUUCUGUUUGUAAGAAACACGUGUUUGUUUACACCAGGCCCACGGUGAUGAUCAAAAACCAGUUAAAGGUGGAUCAGACCAGAGAGGCGUUUCUUUGACCAAAUAAUGAUGAAGAAUAAAUGAGCACCAUCAGGCCAUUUAACGCUUACAGCACAUUCAACCACAGCAGACUGUGCAGAGCCUCAAAUGUUGUUUCUAUGUGUUUGUUAUUUAAUUUAAAUUAUUCGGACAUGUUGAGGUCUGCCUGUGUUCAUUCUGUGCGCGUGUUUCAAAAACAACAACACUGUGUUGUUCCUGCUGCACUAACGCAAGCAAAGCUUUUCUAUGCCGUCUCUGCCCCCUUGUUAUGUGAAAAAAUGUAAACGGCCUGACAAUUUUUGCUGCUUAAGAAAAAGAAAAAACUAUUGUGAGGCUGAGCAGCUGAUUUGUCACUGUAUUUUGUACAUAAUUUCCGGAUUUGUUUUGUGCUGUACUGGGUACGC